UAUGAGUAAUGAGAUUCAAAAUGUUCUAAAGUACUGCUGUUUGUUCAUGUAUUAUCUUCACAACUGAAGGACAUAGUGUAUUUGAUAUGGAGAUGGUUCAAUGCAAUGGGUUGUGUGAGUUAAGCUACUCUACCAGUAAGUGUAUGUUUGUACUGUUUCAGGUGAUCAGUAGUGUGUGAGUUCUCACAUGGCUUGUCCUGAGAACAUGUUUUUUCUCAUUGUCCUCUUUAUGUCAGGUGUUUUGGCCUGUUUUGGCCAACGACAUUUGAUCACCACAAUGCCAGAUAGACUGGAUGUACUGACUGGCUCCUGUGUGCAAAUCCCUUGUUCAUUUGAUAUUCCUGAACAACAUAAGGAUAAAUUAAACAGCACAAUAUUAACCUCUGGAGUGUGGAUUAAAGAAAACCCAUACUUUGGUGGGCGUCCGGACAGUGUGAUAUUUAACAGUAGUGAGACGGUCAACAGAUAUGAAGGGAAGAUAACUGGAAACAUGUCCCAGAAGAACUGCACCACAGUCUUCUUCAACGUAACCACCAAUUACACUAAUAGAUACUUCUUCAGGAUUGAGAGUCAACCAUUCCUUGCAACAGAUACUGAAAAGUCUGUUAAAAUAGUUGUCUGGGAUUUGCCUUCCAGUCCCAUCCUUACUGUCUCAGGUGAGGUGAAGGAAGGGAUCCCUGUCAGUUUGAACUGCUCUGCUGUCACUUCCUGUCCCGAACACCCCCCUGAGCUGACAUGGACUCUCCCUACACAGUUUACACAUGAGAACCAACUGCAGGAGAAUCCAGACCAAACCAAAUCAGUUCUCUCCACGGUGACCUUCACUCCGUCAUACCUUCAUCAUGAGAAGAACAUCACUUGUACUGCAGUCUACCCAGUAGGGACAAGCAACAAGACAGCUGAACAUAACAUGAUGCUUAAUGUUUCAUUCUCUCCUAAGAACACCUCGGCCUCCAUCAGUCCAGCUGAUCCAGUAUUAGUGGGCAGCUGUGUUAAUCUGACCUGCAGCAGUACAGCCAACCCUCCUGUGACAAACUUCACCUGGUUCAAGAUCAGUGGAGAUAAACCAACACAGGUAGCAUCUGGACUGAGUUACUCCCUCAAUGUGACUGUUGGUGAUGGAGGACUGUACUACUGUGAAGCAAGAAAUAGUCACGGCUGUGGGAAGUCAAAGGAAGUGCAGCUGGCUAUUAAAGGGCAAGAAGAGACUGUUACCACAAUGGUUUUUGGGAUUGCAGCAGGAACUUUGGGGGUCCUGUUGCUUAUCAGCCUGAUCAGUGUUAUUGGAUGGAGGAGAAACUCUAGGCUCCACGAUGGACUUGAAAGGACAGACAAUACACAGGGACAGAACUCCCCGGUUGGGACAGUGUGUGCUAACCAGGCCACAGCUGGAGAGGAACCAGAGGAACCUGCAGAAGACCAGCCUGAAGAGAUCCACUACGGUGACAUAGACUUCUCCAAACUACGGCCCAAAGAGACCCCAGCUGCAGCCCAGGACAGGGUCCAGGGACAGGAGAGUGAGUACGCUGAAGUCAACGUGACCGGGAGAGGGGCCCAGGAACCACCUCUUAACAACCUAGAUGGACUUUAUGCACAAGUGAAUAAAAGAGGUGCAUGUUAAUUUUCCAAUGGGUAUUAAGUGUUUUUAUGUACAGUAUUGUCAUUGUGUAUCUGUUUUCUAUUGGUACUUUUGUUACAUUUAUAAUUAUGUGUUCUUUGAUUAUCUGCGUAUUUGUAGAAUUUGCUGGGAUGAAAAGUGUUUAACUGUUACUUAAGUGUUGAUAUGAUGAUGUAGGCUACUCUUUAUUUCGGACCAUUUAUUUUGAGUGUUGAGUUCACAGAGCAUCUGUUUAAUGGGUUCCAGUAUUGAGGAACUGCUGAGUUCAACUAGCUUACUGAAGGCAGUUUAAGACCAUAUAAAGUGAAUGAUGACUGAGGAGAGAAGACACUGUUAGUUGGAGAGACAGUGGUCUGAUACAAGACAGGAAGUUGGUGCAGGAAGUCUACAUGAUGACAGAAUGGUGUUAACAUCUACUAGUCACUGUUUAUCUUAAUAUUUUGUGCAGUUACCAGAAUAACAAUAUAAUCUAUUUUCAGUUUAUACAGUUGAAGUCGGAAGUUUACAUACACUUAGGUUGGAGUCAUUGAAACAAAUUUUUCAAUCACUCCACAAAUUUCGUGUUAACAAACUAUAGUUUUUGGUAAGUCGGUCAGGACAUCUACUUUGUGCAUGACACAAGUAAUUUUUCUAACAAUUGUUUACAGACAGAUUAUUUCACUGUAUCACAAUUCCAGUGGGUCAGACGUUUACAUACACUAAGUUGACUGUGCCUUUAAACAGCUUGGAAAAACCCAGAAAAUUAUUUAAUGGCUUUGGGAGCUUCUGAUUAACAUCAUUUGAGUCAAUUGGAGGUGUACCUGUGGAUGUAUUUCAAGGCGUACCUUCAAACUCAGUGCCUCUUUGCUUGACAUUAUGGGGAAAUCAAAAGAAAUCAGCCAAGACCUCAGAAAAAACAUUGUAGACCUCCACAAGUCUGGUUCAAUUUCCAAAUGCCUGAAGGUACCACGUUCAUCUGAACAAACAAUUGUACGCAAGUAUAAACACCUUGGGACCACUCAGCCGUCAUUCCGCUCAGGAAGGGAGCGCGUUCUGUCUCUUAGAGAUGAACGUACUUUGGUGAGAAAAGUGCAAAUCAAUACCAGAACCACAGCAAAGGAUCUUGUGAAGAUACUGUACAAAAGUAUCUAUAUCCACAGUAAAACGAGUCCUAUAUCGACAUAACCUGAAAGGUCACUCAGCAAGGAAGAAGCCAACACUCCAAAAACCGCCAUAAAAAAGCCAGACUAUGGUUUGCAACUGCACAUGGGGACAAAGAUUGUACUUUUUGGAGAAAUGUCCUCUGGUCUAAUGAAACAAAAAUAGAACUGUUUGGCCAUAAUGACCAUCGUUACGUUUGGAGGAAAAAGGGGAAGGCUUGCAAACCGAAGAACACUAUUCCAACCGUGAAGCACGGGGGUGGCAGCAUCAUGUUGUGGAGGUGCUUUGCUGCAGGAGGGACUGGUGCACUUCACAAAAUAGAUGGCAUCAUGAGGGAGGAAAAUUAUGUGGAUAUAUUGAAGCAACAUCUCAAGACAUCAGUCAGUAAGUUAAAACUUGCUCGCAAAUGGGUCUUCCAAAUGGACAAUGACCCCAAGCAUACGUCCAAAGUUGUGGCAAAAUGGACAACAAAGUAAAGGUAUUGGAGUGGCCAUCACAAAGCCCUGACCUCAAUCCUACAGAAAAUUUGUGGGCAGAACUGAAAAAGCGUGUGCGAGCAAGGAGGCCUACAAACCUGACUCAGUUACACCAGCUCUGUCAGAAGGAAUGGGCCAAAAUUCACCCAAUUUAUUGUGGGAAGCGUGUGGAAGGCUCCCCGAAACGUUUGACCCAAGUUAUACAAUUUAAAGGCAAUGCUAACAAAUACUAAUUGAGUGUAUGUAAACUUCUGACUCACUUUGAAUGUGAAGAAAGAAAUUAAAGCUGAAAUAAAUCAUUCUCUCUACUAUUAUUCUGACAUUUCACAUUCUUAAAAUAAAGUGGUGAGCCUAACUUGCCCAAGACAGGGAAUUUUUACUUGGCUUAAAUGUCAGGAAUUGUGAAAAACUGAGUUUAAAUGUAUUUGGCUCAGCUGUAUGUAAACUUCCAUCUUCAGCUGUAUCUAUUUAGAAUUUAUCUUGUCAGUUUUUAUGUUGAGUGUUAAAUCAACAAAACAAUUGAGGCUGAAUAUAAGGUUGUUUAUUAAUUGCACUGUAAUAAAAACCUUUAAAUGAAAUUUCCAUUACAUCUUUUGGACUUAUUGGUCCAACAUUUUACAUACCUCAUUAAGAUGGAUUAUAUUGAGAUUUUGUGUCACUGGUCGACACACAAUGUGGAAUUAUG